AUGGUACAGGCGGUCCAUGUACCCUCCUACACGCCGGGAUGGGCCGACGCACGCGGGAAGCCCGUGGUCGGCGAGCCGAACAGUGGGCUGACAAGCUCCACGACGACCAUGGCUCCCUCCGAUGAUGCCACACCUGCAAUCCUGUUCCGCCCGGAGCGCCGGGCAGUGCCAGGCAGCGCCUCGAGCUCCCUGUCGGCGCGGUCUACAGAGAAUGCCAAGCUGACCACCGGAGCUGAGGCGGCGGCCAUCCGGCUGAGAUUUGAAGCUCCUCAGGCAAGUUGCGAAGCGGACUAUCGGCAAGGUGCAACGAGUGGCGAUGCGGGGCGGAAGCCGACAAAGGGCGAGGGGAAAGUCUUCAUUGCCUGCCCUAAGCCGGCAGGCCGUGCCCGGUCUCCGGAUGCAGUGUUGUUGGGCCGGCCAGUGCCUAGCACAGGCACCGUGCGAAGCCCUGUGCAGGGCGGUGUCAAGAUGCCGGCGCAGGCUGGCACCAGGAUCCCAGUGCAGGGCGGCGUGAAGACUCCAAUGCCCCAUGCUGUCAAAGCACCCGUGAACGGCGCGAGGACUCCGGUGCCAGGGGGCGUUCGCACGCCGGUGUCAGGUGGCGCGCAUUCUCCCGGUCAGGGUGGGGCAAAGACCCCGGUCUCGCCGCUACCAGGCGCGCGAAGCCCGCUCCAACCACACAGGGUGCUCAUGAGGGCAAAGACAGGUGUGGACCUGAUAACGCCAACAGCCACCCCCGCGACGGGGAGCCCAGCGCUGGUGAAGAGCAAGACCGGCAUAACCGCCAGGCGCGUCCCGAGCCCGGUUCUAGGGCAUCGCCUCGUGGCACCCGCUUCUGAACAAGGCAAUCGGAGCUGCUCCCCGGAUGGCCGCAACCUGCCCGGGCAGACCAGCCCUCCAUCAUCGCCGCAGCUUCCGAGCCGAACAGUUGCUUGCCGAGUCCAGGUUCACAGUCCGCAGCACAGUCCGCAGCGGUCUCAGAAGGAGAAGUCCCCGCAGAAAGUGGCAAGCGCCUCUAGCGAGGGCGAGGACGCCCUCCACAAGCUGCAUGGUAGCGCCAGCCUGAUCAAGGAUGCCCUGGAAAGCAAGCAGAAGUUGCAGAAGUACGCAAAGUCCUGCUUCCAGGCCUCGGACGCCAACGGCGACGGCCAAGUGAGUUUCGAGGAGCUUUGCAGAUGCAUGCAGAAGAUGAACGCUGACCUCGGCAUCGGGGACUUCACCGAGCGGCACGUGAUGCAUUAUCUCCAGAGGUUCGACACUGAUGGCGACGAGCUGCUCAAUGAGAAAGAGUUUCAGGAGCUCUACCGCGCCCUGCUCAUGGUGAAGCUGGAGGAAGUGGAGCCUGCGGACUUCUCGCGGGACAUGUUCAUUAGCCGGCGGAAGGGCAAGCCGGAUGACAACUACGAGGUGUUCGGCAUCGUCGGGGUGGGCUCCUUCGGCGUGGUCCGGAAAGUGAGGUGCAAGGUGACCGGAACCACUCGGGUCAUGAAGGUGGUUGACAAGCAGAAGGCGCUCAAUGGGGGCUAUCCUUUGAAGCUCAUCAUGGAGGAGAUCGACAAGCUCCGGGCCCUUGACCAUCCAUCCGUGCUGCGGCUCUUUGAAUACUGCGCAGACGCGCUCAACCUGUACCUGAUCACAGAUAUCCUACCAGGUGGCGACUUGCUGGACAUCGUCGAGGGGUCCUACAAUAAGAAGCGGCGAUUAGAUGAGAAUUGGGUGCGUGAUGUUUUUCGACAAGCUGCUGAAGGAGUCGCCUACUGCCACGCCAAAGGCGUCAUGCAUAAGGACUUGAAGCUCGAAAACAUCAUGCUGGCCUCCGUCCAACCACCGGAGGCGGUGGUCAUCGACGUAGGCCUUGCCGAGCUCUUCCCGCCCUCCGAAGCGGACUCCUUCAGCUCUGCCGACCCCGCGGGAACACUGGCGACCAUGGCUCCCGAAGUGAUUCGAGGUAACUUCAACGCGAAGUGCGAUGUUUGGUCGUUAGGAUGCUGCCUCUACGCCUUGCUCUGCCGCAAGCCCCUGCGCCUGGAGGAUUCAAAAGGCGAAGGCAAGGAGGUGGAGCUCUACGACUACUUCUACCCCUACUCGCCGCCACCGGAUGAGUCCCGCCCGGAGCUGAAGGCCUACAUCACGCGGCAAAAGGAGGGACCAGACUUCACCAGGCUGGAGUGCUCAGAGGAUGCCAAGAACCUACUCACCCUGCUGCUCACAUACGACAAGGAGCCGCGGCCCUCGAUGCAGAAGGUGCUUGGUCAUCAGUGGCUAGGGCUGUCCAAAGCUUCGAAUCGCUUCUCCAAGCACCAGCUGGAGAGCCUCUUGCAGUUCCACAGGAUCAACCCCCUUGCUCAGGCCGUGCUGUUGGACUUGGCCUCCCAGCUGCCGCUGAAGCAGCUGAGGGAGAUGACGAACCUCUUUGAGUCCAUGGACAAAGACGGCAAUGGCAUGCUCGACCAGGCGGAGUUGGCCGAGGGCCUCAGCCUCGCAGGAAUGGCGCCAUCGGCAGCGUCCGACACAGCCGAGCGACUAGCCAAGGGCGCAGGUGGGCGUGUCGAGUUCUCGCGCUUCGUGGCUGCCCUCGCGCCAUCCUGCCAGGAGCUGAUAGAUGACGAACACCUGCGCAGCAGCUUCAAUCGCUUGGACGCCAACGGCGACGGGUACGUGAGUCGGUGCGAGCUCCAGCGCUUGCUGGAGCGAGGCUCCAAACCUUCUUCAGCACCUGAGGACAGGGUCGAUUCCAGCCGGCGCGAGAAGGCAGCGCGGUCAGCACAGAAGGCGUUCGACGCAAUCAGCGGAGAAGGGCGCAUGCGCGUCUCCUAUGAGUCCUUCCGGAGACAUCUUGGUAGCUUCGUGGCCUGA